CUGUGGAAAAGUCACUUGGUGGACGAAGCGGACUACACAGACAACACUGGGUUUAAAAUAAAUUAGCAUAUGAUACUUUUUUUUAUUGUGCUUCAUGUAAAUAUCCGGUUUAACUCCGCUUUUCAAUCCGUUAUUUCAUCUCAGAGACAAGCGCGUGCUGGUCUGUUAGGAGGUCGGUGAAAAGUCGACCACUGUCACUUUUGAUUCAUGGGCUCAACACGGACUUUAGCUAAAAGCAUUUAUGUCAAGAGGCUGACACAAGGUUGACUUCAUUCAUUGAAUAUCCAGAUUUAGGGGACAUGAAGUUGUCUUUGGACAGUAUGGGCAUCCUGAAGAUUAUGCUGUUCAUCUUUGAGGUUGUUUUACUGACCGACUGUGCAAGAGGACCUCCACGGGUGUCUGAGAAGGUUGCUCACAGACAGAUGGCCCGGCUCGGGAGCGCCAUUAAGCUGCCGUGUCCAGUGGAAGGAGACCCUCCGCCACUCAUAAUGUGGACCAAAGAUGGGCGCAACAUCCACAGCGGCUGGAUCCGUUUCCGAAUCCUCCGCAUGGGCUUGAAGAUCAAGGAGGUGGAGGCAGAUGACACGGGGACCUACAUCUGCAAAGCCACCAACGGCUUUGGCAGCGUUAACAUCAACUAUACCCUCAUCGUCAUCGAUGACUCAGGUUCUGAUAAAACUGGACCCGGGAAGGCUGAUGGAGCAGAGUCUGACCUGGGCACUGAUGGCUUGUUAGAAAAACUUGUGCGUCCCCGCUUCACUCAGCCCGCUAAGAUGAGAAAACGUGUGAUAGCUCGACCCGUCGGCAGCUCAGUGCGGCUCAAAUGCGCCGCCAGUGGAAAUCCUCGACCAGACAUUGUGUGGCUUAAGGACGACAGACCGCUGACGGAGCAGGAGGUCGGCGAAGGCCGUCAGAAGAAGUGGACUCUAAGUCUGAAAAACCUGACACCUGAGCACAGCGGUAGAUACACCUGCAGGGUCUCCAAUCGGGCUGGAGAAAUCAAUGCCACGUAUAAAGUUGAGGUCAUACAGAGGACAAACUCAAAGCCUAUUUUGACCGGCACUCACCCGGUCAACACGACGGUGGACUACGGAGGCACCACGUCGUUCCAGUGCAAAGUAAGGAGUGACGUGAAGCCGGUCAUUCAGUGGCUCAAACGCGUGGAGUCUAACGAGGAAAGCCGCUACAACUCCACCAUCGAGGUGGGGGACCACCGAUUCGUGGUGCUGCCCAUGGGGGAGGUGUGGUCACGACCCGACGGCUCCUACCUCAACAAGCUGCUCAUUACUCGUGCCAAGGAGGAGGACGCUGGCAUGUACAUCUGCUUAGGCGCCAACACCAUGGGCUACAGCUUCCGCAGCGCCUUCCUCACUGUGCUGCCAGACAUGAAGCCUCCCAUCAUGCCCAUGUUCUCGCCAGCCUCCAGCUCCCUCCCCUGGCCUGUCAUCAUUGGCAUCCCCGCUGGAAUAGUGUUCAUCUUUGGCACAGUCCUGCUGUGGUUCUGCCAGAGCAGAAAGCACUGCCCCCCUCCCAGCGCUCCUGCUGCAUCUGCACAGGUACUGCAGAGCUCACACCGUCUGCCGUAUCGAGAGCGGGAAAGAGGAUGCGUGGCUCCAUCCUCCAGCUCCUCCAGCCCAGAGAAAGACUGCAUGGGCUCCAUGAACUAUGAGGAAUACUUGGCACAGCAGCAGCUCCUCCUCGCCCAGGGAGGACCUACAAUCCCCCCUAAAAUCUACCCCAAAAUCUACACAGACAUUCACACACACACUCACUCCCACGUGGAUGGGAAAGUACAUCAGCAUCAACACAUUCAUUUUCAGUGUUAGCCUUCGUGCCAAAUAUCCCCCACUAACUGAUCGAGUAUCUCAGAGGGACAAUGAGCUCUGGGACUGAACAGCGGCUUCUGAGCAACUUUCACUUGGCAUUACUCUUUAAAAACUCUUCUCGUAGCUGGAGACUGUUGGGAGAGUGUGCAUGUGGGGGGGGAAACAGUGGCCAGUGAUACACACCUUGUGCUUUUACAUCCAAACUUCCAGUCAGAUUCUCACACCACUAAAAUUCAUUAAUCCUUGUUGUGCACUUAAUACAAAAAGGACAAGGACAUUUUUUGCGUGUGAGUUUUAUCGCAGCUAUUCAGGCCAGCUGAAAGGUCUUCGUCAGCAGCUGGAUUUUGCAUUUUCCUACUUGAGGUGUAGCUACAAAUGGAAGUUAGGCUUUACCUUUCACUUAUUCAGCUGUUGGCGUGUGGAGGCUCCGUAUAUUCUGCCUGGUAUUGAAGAUGAAAAUGGUACUCAAGAUUUACAAAUGGGCUGGUUUUGUGCCCUACUCAGGUAGUCCCUUUGUCCGUUAAAGAUGCAUAAUGUUUGGAAUGCUGACCACUAUCCUUUUUAUUACUUUUCUCCAUCCCUCACUUUUGUUCUGUUAAAAAUGAUAGAGAGUUGACUGGUCAGUUUUUAUGGCAUGCAAACCUUGCCUGCAACGGCAAGGGAUGGAAGAAUUGUGAUUCCACGGUAACUGAAUUGGUCUUCAUUAUCAUUUCAACUUCUUUCUCAAUGUUAGGUUCCCAUCAUCAGUCCGUAGCAUGUUGAGAUCAACCAGCGGAGGAAGCCACCUUAUCCAACCACAGUGCAUGAAGCUGUAGUCAUUUAUAAUCAAAUCGAGUCAUGAAUAUUUAAUUUAUUUUGCUAAAAGAAAUGUAUCGAAAGUUUAUUUUUCAGUAAAGCGUUUUACAUAUCUAUGUAAUGUUAUUAAAGUAUACUGUUGUUGCGUAUAGUA